UGACUUUAACUGAUGUCAGCUUAUGCCUUACUGACGUCAGUAAGUUAUGCUUAUUACGCAAGUAAUUUCAUUGUACUUCUCCAAUCAAUAUUCGUUUAAUCUAUUAAAUGAUGCUCAAUGCAUCUAUGGUACUUCAGUCGAUCAUAGUUUACGAUCUCAUCAGUCGAAAUUCGCCUGUUACUUUACUCCUAAUAUUGGCACUCAGCCUCAUCGCUGAUGGAAACUAUGUUGUUUGGAUGUCCGAAGUCUAUAUUAAAACCUGAAAAUUGCAAGUAGCUCCCUCACAAGUCAGGAUAAGAAGAACAAAGAUUUGAUCGUUCAAUUCAUGUAACAGUCCUAAAUAUGAUUGGUUUCGAUUAGCUGUUUUCGAGAUGGAAUAAUUAAGGAAGCUAUGGUCUUGGAACUUACAUUGGUGGGGGUGGAUGAUCAGUUAUAACAGGAUUUUCAACUACGUAAUCAUGAACAGUCGAUGGCAGUGACCUGUGGUAUAUGAUUAGGUCCAACUUCCAAAUGUUGCUAUCACAAUACAACAGAAUAUUGUACUAAAAUACGUAAUCACCAAAUUCGUAAGAAAUUAGUGGGAUACCAGAGUGAGCGCUUAUCACAUUGAAUUGGUUGAUUAUCUUAGUCUUCUUAUCAGGGUAGCGAUUACGGUUGUUUGUUUCUGCACUCAGUGCAUAUCUACUCCUAUUGUCACAAUGAUCCUCUCAGUUAUAUCACAAAUUAUGUGAAUCACUGAAGUUGCCCAACAUGACUGAGUCAGUGGUCUGUUUUUUCGCCAUCGUUCUACUAACUCCCAAAGUCUCAAACCCAUCAUUCGUGACGGUUGUGAACAAUUGUUUUUUUUUGCUUCUUGCUUUUCCCUUUUUUGUGUACUGAAAUACCACAGGUGUCUUGCCAGAUAUUUUAUGUAAAGCACGCCUAGAUGAAUUUCUUGGUGUCCAUUUAAAGGGAGCUAUGAAGACCGAUCUUUUUCCCACAAGUAGCUGAACGUUGCUCAAAAUCAUUGCUACUGUUUGAAAAAAAUUGUUUGUUGUGUACUGCUCCUCACUAAUCCUGGUUAGUGUUUUGUCCACCACAUCUAACAAUUCCUCUGUAUACUUAGUAAAAGUUGCAGCAAACAAUUGGAAUCGUAGAGUCGGAAAUAGCAGCUUAAUGUUUUUCAUCUUAGUGAAGUUCAAUUCUUUAGAAGUUGGAGCCAUUUUUCAUAACCACCACGCUGACGUUUAGGAGGAGACUAAGAAAAUUCCAGUCUGUGCUACAAUCACCGGACAGACCAAUAAUUUUUAAAUGUCAGACACGGCAUCUGAAUAUGCAUGUUAUAUUCUAAAUAAGUAUUUUGGUGAAGCUGCCACAGUAAGCACACAUAUUCUGUGUGUUAAAGGUUCAUCAAGUUUGUCGGAAAUUUUAAGGGAUUCUCACAAAAAGUUACACUCAAGUCGAGUUUGCAAAUGCCUUAUUUCACUUAUCAGACAUUCCAUGUUAACUAUACAGAAAGAUUCGAUAUUAAAAUACAGUUUAAAUUAUGAACGAAUAUUUUUUGUGCCAAGACUUCCAUUGUUUUGCAAACUCGUGUUUCAUUACUAUGGCAAGGUUGCUGAACAGACUAUGAUUUAUUUCUCUAUGUUUGGGCGUGGAUCUUUAAGUGACCUGUUAGUGUAUUGUGUUAAAAAGCAUCUUCAUAGUAAACUCCCUGUAGAAGAACAACACAGCUAUGUCGAAGCUUUAGGAACCACUGUGACUACUCUUGUUAAAACCAAUGUCCUGCAAAUUGUAAAUCCGAAGCUGUGGUCAGUUGAAUCUAACAAGGAAACUGAUGUAUCGACUGUACCUUCUCGAACAGCUGAAGCACCUGUACAUGUCAAUGUCUCGGAAUCUGAAAUGCAAAUACCAAAGGACGAUAUAUGUGAAGCAUUACAUAAUUACAUUUCUAGUGGAUUUGUUACCUGGCCUAUUGCAAAUGAAAGAAAUAAUGAACCAGUGCGUAAACGUGUAAAACGUUAUGAUGAAUCAUCCGAGUUAGUGAAAUCUCUUAAAUUGGUGGUCUGUCCAAAUAUUAAAACAUUAGAGACAAUGUGGAGAGAUCGAUUGAUAUGUCAGCUGGCAAGUGAAAAACUUGGUGAAAUAUGCGGUGAUAUUCUUUCACAUUUAUUAUGUAUUGCUACAGCUGCUAAUAGGGGCACAGGAAUCACCUCUACAGAGUCAGGAGCCGUUUCACGUUCAGAGCUUUUGCGAAGUAUGCGAAUUGUACCGGAUCAUAUAUCCUCGUAUAUAUCCUUACUGAUAGAUGAUGAGGUAAAAUUCCUUUUACAACAACCUGGAUUAGCUGGUUACAUGUACACAUGUCCUUAUAAAUAUGUCAUUAAACAACUAUUUAUCAAAAAUGUGGAGUAUAUCAUACAAGUCCUCUUUGAAAGUAAUGGGUUACGUAUUUUCCGAUUUCUUCUGCUUUCUGGACCUUCAAAUUUAGAAGAGGUUGAACGAAAAGUAUUGCUUCCCCAAAGUGAUUUCCGACGAAUACUACCACGUAUGGUAUCUAUGGGACUUAUUACAACAACUGAACUAUCGCGAACAAAGGAAUACACAGCAGACACUAUCUUUUGUUUGUAUUCCAUCAAUUUGUUGCAAGUUGCUCGAUUGGUAAUUGAACUUUCACAACAUGAGGUUUUUCGUAUCUCUUUGCGUCGUGAUUAUGAAUUUUCACAGAAAAGUCGUCUAAUUGAACAACGUUACCGUAUUGAAUCUCUUAUCCUGCAACAUCAGGCUAAGUUGAAUGAAUACAACGAAUCAUCGUCUAGUGCAUCUCUCAAUGAUUCGAAUGAGUCUGAAUCACAACACAAAGAAAGUAUAGAAUCUUUGAAAUCUUCAAUAACACCUGCUGAACUGCAUCAAUUAACAGUUUUGUCAGAUAAAUUAUCUAAGUUAAUUAACUGUGAAUACAAAUGUCAUACAGCAUGGUUUGUAGCUGAUCUUUUUCUUCGUUUACAUUCUUGAUUACAUUAAACGUAAAAAUCUAUGUUCUCCAGUUGUAUGUAAAUAAUUUUUAUGCUAAGUUACCCAAGGUUUCAUGAUAUAUAGGACAUAAAUGAAUCUUGUAACGUUUUCAUAAUUUCAAAAUAUAUAUUACUGUUUUAGGAAAUGACUUUUUGGUUUACCAUCGCUAUUGUAACGAGUACAUUGUAUUUAUUCAAAUAAAGUAUUAAAGUAACUGUG